AUGGGUUUCGAACUGGCUUCCUUACAAAGCUCGAAGAUGCCAUGCGCAUUCAAUUUCCCACAGCUAAUAUCAAAGGAACGCCGCACAUCAUGUCCAGACUUUCAGCGUGGAAAAAAAGCUCCGGGUUGUUGGAGAAAAUUCUAAACAGGAGCGGCGUAGGGUUUAAUUCGAAGGGGGACUACAAAUUUGAGUGCGAUGACGAUCAAUGGGACCAAAUUGUGAAGGCUGAGCCUGAAGCUCGUUUCAUGAGGGAGAAAGGCUGGCCGUUAUGGCCGUAUUGGCAAAUCAUAUUUGGUAAAGAUCGUGCUUCGGGUACCUUCACUGAGAAUCUCAUGGACUCUGUCAACGAGCUGCACUCUCAACACUCUCUGGAGAAUAUCCAAGAAUCAAUUGGCACAGGAGGUGCUGACUUCAACUUGGGCGACCAACCAACUCCGGCACCGGUAGAUGGAACUCAAACUCCACCUUCGGCAGCUGAUAGUACUGGGCACAACAAUCCCACCAAGGCCACAUCUACCAGUGGAGGGAAAAAAAGGAAGAUUGAGAUGGGCAUUGAAGGCCUGGUCCACAUGCUGGAGAAAGUGCAUGACGACACAAACAAGAGGCUUGACACUCUGGCACAACGCAUUGGAUAUGAGUUUGAUCUCAGUCAAUCAAGGAAACAUGUGUACGAGCAACUGGGAAAGCUGCCCGAUCUCAGUCGUGAGCAGAAGUUUGAUGUAGGCGGGUGGAUACUUGAGAAGGUUGAGCGCUUAGACUUUUUCCUUGGUAUGCCAGAUGAGGAUCGCCUUGCUUAUGUCAUCCGAGCUCUCGAAAAAUAUUUCUAGGUUGUGUAGUCUGUCUAUUGUUUUUGUGGUCGAACCCUAUCUGCAUUUGUCGCCGUUUUUUGUUGGCUUGCAAUGCCAAAACAAUUGAUGUAUUUGGAUUUCAUGGACAAUGUGCCAGUGUCGACCUUAGGAGUAGUUGUGUGUAAUGACAUUUGUGAUCUGUAGAACUUCUAAAGUAUUUUGUCUGACUUUAACUUGUAAUAUACUAUGUUUCUAUGAUAA